AUGUUAAGUAAGUCCUGUCGUGCUAUUUCCCAGAGAUCAUUUUCUCAAUCUCUGCUUGUUUUUGCUAAUUAUGGAAAGCCUCAAAAUCCUCCAAUAGAUACAGAAAUCAAAUUGAAAAUCCAACCAAUUGUCAGAACCGGGGAAACUAUUGAAGUUAAAAGAGCCAGAUUAUUGUACCAAUCGCGAAAGAGGGGUAUUUUGGAAAGUGAUUUGCUAUUGAGUAGGUUUGCUGAUAAGUAUUUGAAAACAAUGACCAUGGAAGAAUUGGACGAAUAUGACAAAUUACUCGAUGAAGCCGAUUGGGAUAUUUAUUAUUGGGCAACGAAAAACUACAAGAUUACUCCACUACCUGAUAAAUGGAAGGACUCAAAAAUUUUAAAAGAAAUCCAGAAAAUUGCUAAUAAUGAAGAAAAAGUUAUCAUGAGAAUGCCUGAGUUGAACUUAGAACCUGAAUCCAACACCAAGUGA